AUGAGUAAAAUAACUCAAGUUUUCGUAAUAGGGGGUCUAAUAAGAUUUCUACUACCUGUUUCAGUACCUUCAUUAGUACCAAUUUUAUCAUCAUCAACAGAACUAUCAACUCCAAUCACCUCGUUUAAAGCAUUACUAGAAGCAUUUUAUUUUUUAGAUCAUAAUAUUAAUUUAUAUGAUGGUGGGGUAAAUCAUCAUCCUCCUUUAUUAGUUAUACUAUUAUCAUUUUUUGACUCAUUGCCUUAUUCACAUGUUUGGUUUGCUUUGCUUUAUACAAUCACUGACUUGUUAAUAGCUGCAAAUUUGGUCAAAAUCAAUCAAUGGUACAAUCAUUACAGAUCAAAAAAGUCAGGAGCGAGCAAAAAGUACCUUGGGUUUAACGAUGACUUGAUUGCGUGUUUCUAUUUAUUCAAUCCUUUAAUAUUAUUGACAAAUUUGAGUUAUUCAACAAUUGUAUUUACAUGGUUUUUCACAAUUGAAUCAAUAGUUCAAAUAACAAAAGAAAAAAGAGUACUUAGAUCAAUGAUAUCAUUAGCAAUUGCAACUUAUCUUUCUUUCCAUUCACUUUAUCUAUUACCUUCAAUACUUGGGUUAGCAUAUGCAUUGUCUUCAAGAGAUACGAUUAAAUUUUUCACAGUCAAUAUAAGUGCUUUCUUGACUUUUCUAGCAGUUUUGGGCUUUGCUUCAUAUGCAUGCACGGGGUCAUGGUUAUUUAUUGAUAAAUGCUACUUGACAGUAAUAUUGUUUAAAAAAAUCACACCAAACGUGGGUUUAUGGUGGUACUUGUUCACCGAAAUGUUUGAAUUCUUCACACCGUUUUAUACCGGCAUGUUUAAUCUUUAUUCAGUCGUUUUUAUCAUACCAAUAACAUUGAGACUAUUUGAAUAUAGUAAAAGUCCAAAAUUGGGAGAUUCAUUUUUAUCAAUUAUUUUAUCAAUGUUAUGGAUUUCAUUCACAAAAUCAUACCCAACUAUAGGAGAUUUAGGUCUUGUUUUAUCAAUCUUACCAAUGUUCAAAGAUACUAUUUUAGCUCAUUGUAAACUUUUGUUUAUAUCAGGAAUGACAUUAAUAAUUUCAUUAAUACUUUCACCUAUUUUUUAUUAUUGCUGGAUUGUUUUAGGUAAUGGUAACUCAAAUUUCUUUUAUAGUAUAAAUCUCAUUUGGGGUGGAGUUCAUAUUUUAAUAUUAAUGGAAUUAAUUUGGGCUCAAUUGAUUGUUGAUUAUGGUGUUGAAAAUAAUUUAUCCGAUACAGAAUUAAAACAAACAACUUUGGCACAACUAUAA